AGAAACACCAAAUGUUAUUUUACAACUUAUAAGAGGUCUGCAAAGAGGAUGAUUUCUCCAAAGCUGAUUGUGUUUUUGGUUUCUGUGUAUGUGGCAGAGACACAUCCAACCACAGACUCUCACAUUAGUGACACUGUUGCGGAGCUGAAGAGCCAAAUCGAAGCCUUACAGAAGGAAUUGGAAACUAUCAAACAGCAUCCGAAGAUUGGUGUGGCAUUCUCCGCCACUCUACAGACUCAGAAAUCAUAUGAAUUUAUUGGACCUUUCAACGGAGAUGUCAUACUAAAAUAUGAUAAUGUCAUUACUAAUGUCGGAAGUGCCUACGAUCCAAGUACAGGCAUAUUCACAGUGCCGGUGAAAGGGGUCUACUUUUUCACCUUUGUCCUCUUUAAUCCGAUCGGCCACAACCACGCCAGCGGGGCAAAGUUGAUUAAGAACGGGGAAAUGGUGGUCUCAGCUACUGAUAACCUACCCGGAGCAGACUCAGAAGACACAACAUCUAACACUGUCAUUCUCGACUUGGAAGUGUCAGACAGGGUGUACAUAGAGAUGUUUAGUGGCAGGGCUAUCUACACAGACGGGAAUAGGCGCAACACUUUCAGUGGCCACCUCCUAUAAAGUGAAGUGAAUGAGAGGUGUGAAAUGAAGUGAAACUAGAUGUACCGCAUAUAAUAGCAGUACAAAAUAUGACCAGCGCUCAGUCCUGUACAUCCUCUCAGCAAAAAUAAACCAUGCUUGUCAAUUUC